UUCCAAAAGAGAAAUGCGCAGCCUCAAAGGACCCUUUCUUUUCAUCUUCUUAUCAAUUACUUUAAAUUCCCUGGAAGCGACACCGGUCAAGAGACAGCUCUCCUUGGCUGAGGAUUUCUCUGAGGGGACUCCCAACAGACAAGAAUGGCUCUUGCCUGCCCUUUCAAGAAGUACUGGCUUCAUAGAACUGAACGGAGCUCCCCUGGGAGAAGAAACAGUCAAGCCCAAAAGUCACCGCUUGGAGAAACGGAAGUGCAACACAGCCACCUGUGUCACUCAGCGCUUGGCUGACUUCUUAGUCCGUUCCAGCAAUACCUUCGGAACAAUCUACUCGCCGACCAACGUAGGAUCCAACACCUAUGGCAAAAGAGACAGAGAACCUCCUAACUAUCUACAACUUUAACGUCUUGCAACAGCAAUGGCUGAAAUCCUCAUUAGGAAUACCGACCCUUCCUCCCCGCCCCCAAUUUUUAUGUACA